UGCGGUGCCGCGCCGACCAAACCGGGUUGAAAUCGAUUUUGUAGGUAUUUUUUCCAGCUACUUUCUCUAGAGAUAAGUGAUUCUCUCUUCGUUUGUUGAAGAUUUUGUUAUGGAUUUGCUGAAGAUAUAUAGCUUUCUCUACGAUCUGCUUCCUAAUGGAAUCGAAGCUUUGGAUUUGUAUAUGGUGAUUUGUUGCUAAGAUAGCUGAUGCAAUAUGCUAGAUCUGAAUUUAUUUCUCUGAAUCCCUAGUUUGCCUAUACACUCUUGUUCAACUCUUCCUUGCUGCCUUUCCCAAUCUACCCUUUCUCUCUCACGCCUGCUUCUCUAUUAUUUACCUUUGAUUCUUUUGAUUCUCAAACUGUAGGCAUGGAUGGCAAGAAUCCUCCCCAGCUCACGAUGGAGCAGCAGCGUGCAAUCAAAUUCUUGACCUACUUCGCGGAUAUUGCCGGCAUGAAAAGGUGUCAAAAAUGUAACCGUGUUUAUCUCUCGCACCUGAAUCAUGCCCGGGAACUUUGUUUUCUCAAAAUAGAAAAUGAAGCAGAAAAGGAAGCAGAGAAAGAGAAAAGGGAAGAACAGAAAAAAAACACUCUAAUCAAACUAGAGAGAUAUUGGGAUCAACUGGAUGAAGGACAUAAAGCUUUAUGUUUGCCACCUUUACCUGUUAAGAAUGUGGAAAGCUUUUUGAGAGAGUAUGGAUUUUGUUUGAAGUAUGCUCCACACCUGCCACAGAAUGACUCAUUUACUAUUCAGCAUAUCAAUUUUUCUAAGGCGGCUGGCUCAAUCUUGGGGACUCUUAAUCCUGAGAAUUUCCAACGUUUAAGUUUUGAGAAGUUGCUCGCCUUUCUACAGGAAACAAGUGAAGGAACUUGUUUUGGGGAUGAGCAGUUCUUCUACGGGAAAGAUGUUAUUGCUCACAUCAGCAUCGGAAUCGAGCAGGCACUGCUUUCAGCUUUCACUGAAGAAGAAAAGAAGGACAAAAAAAGGCAGGAAAAAAAGGAAAAAAAGCUGAAAAAAGGUGCUCAAGAUGAAGAAAAUUCGCCAGGUGAUGGUGCCAGCAUGUCUGAACCACUUGCUCAGCCUCAUUCUGGAGAGGAAGAUCAGGACCAGUCUGCAAAAAAUGUAUCUGGGUCGGCUACUGCCACAACCACAUCGCAACUACAAACACCAAAUGCAAAGUCAAAAAAACAGGAAGCAUCAGGUCCAUCUUCCCCGUCACCAGGUGUGCUCAACUCAGUAGCAUCCUCCAAUGAAGCAGGUGGGAGUUUAAGUACCUCCUCUGGAGAAGCUGCAGUUCCUCAAACUAUGGCCAUGCAGAAUAUGAUGCAUAAGUUAAUGGGUAUGCAUGAAAAAUUGCUUAAGCCGAUGACAAUGUCGAAGGCUAUAGAGGACAAUAAUGAUGCUCUGUUGGCUCAGCUUCUUGAGUUAUCUGGAAAAGUAACUAAUUUGAUCGAUGAUCUUAACAAGGACCUUGAAGUCAUGUUAGAGAAAAAUGUGAAAGAUGGAUUAGCUGAUGUUAAAGAAGUUCCUGUUUCUGCAAUCACUCAAGCUAUAGAGCAAAGUCAGACAGUACCUUUGGCUGUAUCUUACCGUCAGGAAAGUUUUAGCUCCGCAGUAUCAGGGUCUCGAACUGUAGAGGAUCAGCUGUCAAGGUUGGUGAAUGAAAGAAAGUAUGAGGAGGCUCUGACAGAUGCUUUAGAAAGAGAUGAAAAAGCUGAUACUGGUCUUGUAUUAUGGUUAUUGACUCAGGUUGAUCAUCACAUACUGCAGCAGGAACCUAUGCCUUUGGGCGUAGCUUUGAUUAUAUCGCUGCAUUCACAUCUCCUUCAGAAAACUCCUGACUCGUUUGUACUUGACUGGAUGGUUCACUUGGAAAGCGCCUUGCGACGCUACGAUUGUAUGGGAUCAUUCACAAGAUCUUAUCUGAAUCAUUGCAAGUUACGUACAACAUGAUAUGGUCGACGCUAUAUUAUCCAAGUCAAACAACAUAUCCCUAAAUCGGCCCCCUUCUGUAAUUUUUCGGUCUUCACUUAUUUGAUUGCAUAAGAAGGCAUGUAAUCUGAAUAUUGUGAAAUGUUCAGUGACCUAAAUUGUAGCAAUGACGAAUGCAAGGGCUGGCAUUUAGCUUUCGAAACCAAGAAGGAUAUUAUGACAUUGUAUCAGAAUUAUGAUAUUUAGAAACGAGUAGAAGUGCAAGUCAGAAUUG